GCAGUCUUGUUCAAGGUUUCUGCAUCGGGUUCAACUGUUGAUAAGUAGAAUAUGGUUAACAUUCAAGUAGCUGCACGUCGUGCUUUGUUCUCUGGUUUCCCGAUUUUAUUUUGGAUUGCAAUUUAGGUUUGAUGUGUUGAACUUCUCUCAUUUCACUGGUAAGUAGUAAAGUCUAUUUCUGAGUUUUCUUUGGCGCGCGCGCGAACACGCAUAUGCAUCUAUGUUCUUCAUAGUUCUUCGAGCCUCACUAGCAUAUGGACGGAUUUGUUUGAGUCUCAACUAAUUUGUAGUCUGCGAACUCCUUCAGUACUUAACUUAUCUUGACAUGUUUCAUUAAUUUCCUUCGGUUAUGUUGUGUGCAUGUAUAAUGUAACUUCUAGUUCCAAAAGGAUGCCAAUUAAUAUUCAACUAAAUUUUUCUGUCUUGCUCAUUGGCUAUCAUGUUUAUGAGAGAAUCAAUGGAGUUGGUUUUGACCAUUUCAUCAAUUGCUAACAAGUUUCUUGUUCUUUGUGGGAAAACAAUAAAAUAAAAUAAAAAUUAAAAACAAAGCUGAAGUGUUGGUAUAAGUUGGUCCCCAUUUUUCACUAUGCUCUCUAAACUAGGUCCUGAUCCUUCUGAUAGGAAGCCUAUUUGAGUUUCCGGUACCUUGGCCUAUGUGUGUGUAAUAUUAUUGAGUACUUUUUUUCACUUUUCCAUCUUAUAAUUCUAUGGGGAUAUUUCAGUUAGUCUUCAUUUCAGGAAAAUCUCAGCCUCCAAAAUAUGGUAUGAGCGUAAAAAAUUUUCUCAUGUGAAACUUUUUGUCAUUUCUUGGUAGAUGUUUGGGACAGUGAUUAGGUAUGCUGCUAAGACAUCAAAGCCAAAGGCGAAACCUAUAGAACUCAAAACUCCACCAGAGCAUGCACAAACGAUCACUAGGGUUCUCUUUGAUAUUGUGAAGGAGCAUGGCCCUCUCACCAUUGCAGAGACGUGGGAACAUGUCAAGGAAGUAGGAUUGAAAGAUUUGAGGUGCAAGAGGCAUAUGAAGAUCGUAUUGAGAUGGAUGAGAGAGAGGCAGAAGGUUCGACUCAUAUGCAACCAUGUAGGUGCUCAUAAGCAGUUUCUGUAUACCACUUGGUUUUCAAAACCCUCCUCCGUGCAGGCAAAAGCAGUGAAUCUUCCGUCCAAACCAAAGUCCUCCUGAAGGUUUCUUAUCAUCAUUACAUGUGUACAUGCCAAGGGACUCAAUGAACUAAGCUAUAUAGGUAGCUCUAAU